AUGGCGUUGCAGUACAGCUGGAUAUCACCGGUAAUCAACAACCAGAAUGUUUUCAGGACAAGGAACUUUAUAUGGAAGAGAGAUAAACCCAAUGGCAAGAAUCCAUCCGAUUGUGAGAAGGUGGAACCUGAGAAGCCAGCUCGUUUGAAGGCUCCAAAGCUGAAAGCAGAGCGUGCAGUGGAUACGGAUGACAUAGUUGAGGUCAAGAGGGACCGAGUGCCAACUUUUAACCAGAUGACUGAUCUGUACCACCACCCUUUCUGCCUGGACAUACAUGUCUCCAAGGGGUCGGUGCGUGCUUGCUUCGUCCACCGAGUGACCAGCAGGGUUGUGUCGGUCGCUCACUCCAUAUCAAAGGACAUGAAGUUUGAUCUGAGUUCAAGGAAGGGUAUCAAGGCAUGUGUGGCGGUUGGGGCGUUACUUGUGAAGCGUGCGAUAGAGGAUGAUAUUCACAAUGCAAUUUAUACACCUACAAAAGGGGACAAAAUCGAAGGAAAAAUUGAGGUUGUGUUGCGUGGAAUAAUUGAGAAUGGAGUCGACGUGAAGGUGAAACUCAAACAAAGGAGGAAGAUAUGUCAUGAUUAUUUAUUAUUGUAUUUCGCUUGUUUGAUGAUGCCUGUAAAUUUUCUAAUAUAUAUUUUGAUCUUCUUAGCACAUAACAUGCGGAAUGAAUUUAAAAAUAAUUGGUUCAUACGAAGUGUAUGAAUUUAUAUAGAGCAGAACUAAGCUGUGUUUGCAGCGAAGUUGUUUUAUUCA